UGUCUUGUUUAGGGGGGCAACACACACACACACACACACACACAAGGACUUCACGCAGCAUUGUGAGAAUUACAGUGUUGCACAUUAUCCAAGGGCUUAGGGACGAUAAAAUAUCGGACAGGAAGACAAAAUCCUAGUUCAUAUCUACAUCAGCAUACUACGUGGGCGCUGGAAACGACCACCGACAGACAACUGAUUAAAGUAAUCAUAUGGAAGCUGAAUGCUGUUCAUUUAGUGCAACAUCCACAACAGUCUGCAGAAAUUUACAUUCCACCGAGGAGGUGAAGUGGGUGUCUUUAUAUUCCAAAACUGCCCCAGCUUUAAGAAUGCAUCAUGAUGAAGUGUUAUGUAUCCUAAGAGGCACUGCAAGCCAGCUGUGAGGUUUCGUUGCCAAGGCAACUCAGACACCCACUCUACAGUGCUUGGCUCACACUUGCUGAGCAGGCACAUUGGUCAAGACCCACUAAAAGCAGCCGAACAUCAGGAGAGAGGGAAAGAAAGAGUAAGCUAAGUUUGGAAGGUUGCCUGAAUCAAGAAGAGCAGCUGUAGACACCCGCGGCUGGAUUUCACUACCAUUCUGAUGCACUGCACCCUCUCGGACUGACGGGUUUUCUCUGGCAGCAAACUGGCAGAGAGAAAGAGCUCACACAGGUGGACCAGCAGCGUCCCAGAGAUUAUAGAUUUGGAGAUUACAGGACGACAGCAGGUCAGGGUACAUUGCCUUUUUGAAAUCCGAGUUCUCCACUUCACCAAUUCCAUUAAGAGCUUUUUUUGUGAAAUUGGCAAGCGAGUCCUGAUCACAAACUCCACUAGCUGCUAGAAAGAUGCAGGGUUAACGAAAAUCAGAUGAAUCUUCAAGCUACUUUAAUCGAAGACACCGUAAAGAUCAAACGAAGUAACUUGCAGGAUACGCAACUACUGCCGAAUGAAUGAGAUGGAAAGAGUUUUGAGAGUGUUGUAGAACGUAAAGCUAUUCAAGAUGUUUGCAAAAGAGCUUCAUUACAAAACUGUGAUAAAACUCCACCCUUUUUCACCUCUUGCUGUGAAGUUCGACAUGGUGGCUUGCUAGACGGAUUGUACAGACGCGGACAAACCGGAUUACUGUGACAAACUUGGACUCAUAGAGGACUGUAAUGGAACAGACACGGAUGACAGCCUAGCUUGUCUGGCACUGGGAUGUUAAAACCACAGAGUGGGAUAUUCCUCCAACUGUCACUGCAGGGAUAAUAGAGCCAAUCACACACACGCCUACAAGCAGACAGAUUUUUAGAGGCGAAAGACUGGUGUAUGUGUGAACUGUGGCAGUAUAGACAGUUCAGAAGCGUGAAAGAGAGCGAAAAUAAAUAAAGAGCACUAAAAAGGCUCCACAGCAGUGGUGACACACAAAAAGAGAAAACCUGUCUCUCAGUACACAGAGUAGUACGGAGUCUAGUUUGGGCACGGUGGCAGGGGCCGGUUCAUGGCAGGGGGGUGGGCGUAUGCCGCCUUUGCCUCUGCAGCGAGAGGGACGCUUCGGCUUGGGAUGGAGUUGGGCCACAUGGGCUCGGGCUCAGAGGACAGGCGAGCUGAGAGCCUGGGUGCCUGCCGGAGUCGGACCUGUGGUGGCAGGAGAACGGGGGAGUAAACGAUGCUCCCUUCGCUUCUGCGUGGUCUUGGGAUCCCUUGCCCUCCUGUUCCUCACCUCACUCUUUUUCUCCUUGUCGCUGAGAGGAGGAGCCGGCUUGCCUUACUUGGAACCCCAGCGAUGGGAAGAGUCACGUAGAGUUAAGCUAGUGCCCAGCUAUACCGGAUCCCACCAGGUCAUCACAGCCGAGAGCUCUCAGCAGAAGACAUGUGCCUGCUCUCAGUGCGUGGGUGACCCAGGUGUUUCUGACUGGUUCGACGAGAACUAUGACCCGGACAUCUCGCCUGUGUGGAUUCGGGACAACCUCCAGCUGCCUCCAGAUGUGUACUACUGGUGGGUGAUGUUGCAACCUCAAUUCAAACCCCACAACAUCCAGCAAGUUCUACAGCGGAUGUUCCAAGUCAUUCCAGGCCAUUCCCCAUAUGGUUCAUGGGAUCCUGCCCGCUGUCUGCGCUGUGCUGUGGUGGGAAAUUCGGGGAACCUCCAGGGGGCAGGUUACGGUUCCGUGAUUGAUGGCCACAACUUCAUCAUGAGGAUGAACCUGGCUCCCACUGUAGGGUACGAAGAGGAUGCCGGCAGCCGUACCACACACCACUUCAUGUACCCAGAGAGUGCCAAAAACCUGGCGCCCAAUGUCAGCUUUGUGCUAGUACCCUUCAAGACUCUCGACUUGUUGUGGAUCACCAGUGCCCUCUCCACCGGACAGAUCCGCUUCACAUACGCUCCAGUGAAGCAGUUUCUGCGUGUGGAUAAAGACAAGGUUCAGAUCUUCAACCCAGCUUUCUUUAAAUACAUCCAUGACCGCUGGACUCGUCAUCAUGGCCGCUAUCCCUCCACUGGCAUGCUUGUGCUGUUCUUUGCUCUACACGUAUGUGAUGAGGUGAAUGUAUUUGGCUUUGGGGCAGACAGCAGGGGAAACUGGCACCACUAUUGGGAGCAGAACCGCUAUUCAGGAGAAUUUCGUAAAACGGGUGUCCAUGAUGCAGACUAUGAGGCCCAGAUCAUUGACAAGCUGACCAAAGCUGGCAAGAUCUCAGUCUUUCCUGGAAAGUGAAUCUGGGCACCAGGUGCAAAGAAAUGGAUCAACUGAUGGACUACCAUAAACAAAACCACCCAUUAUCCACUUGACUCACAUAGUGUGCUUGUUAAAUGUGACCAAGAAGUAAUUUCUCAUGAUCUUAUUACCUUUCUAUGCUGUCCUGAUUGGACAGUAUUCAGGGCAGCAUUCCCAUGAUGUGGUGGUUUUGAGAGGAGACACUAGUACUAAAUGUACUAAUGUGCUUUUCCUUGCAAGACUACCUCAACUAGGUCAAGGAACGUGACUUGGCAAGGACCACUAAUAUCUCACCACUAAAUAGCAUGUUAGAUAUAUGUACUGGGAAUGGAAUUGGCUUAUAUUUAUGUCUUUUGAGUAGUGAUGGGAACUCCUAUCUCAUGCCGAGGGCCCAUAGAUGAGUGGGACCAACGAUUACUAUACUGUAUCCUAGUACUCUAGCAGUUCUCUGUGAUUCAUUAAAGAGAUGGUUGACUCAAGUGAAAAUUGCCAUUUACCCUCAUCCUGUUCCAAACCUGUGUGAUUUAUGUUCUUCUGCAAAGCAGAGAAGAUAUUUUGAAGAAUGUUUGGACUGUUGAUGUCAGUGAGGUCAAUCGGUUCCAAAGUUGUCUUGCACCAUUGUCUUCACAGAAGGAAAAGUCAUACAGGUGUGGAAUUGAAUUAAAAGCUUGGACAUAGUGGCAGGUCAUUUCACUAGCAUGAUAGCGCAGCAGUUAGGCUCCUCACUCCACUAGGUGCAAGUGGUGUGGAAGUUACAUUCCUGCCUUUAGACCAAGCUUUUUGUUUUGAGAAAUUUUGUUUAGUAGUUCGUCUCUGAAAUGAUCACACUAUCAGUUUGCGAUCACUGUGUGCUCACAGCAGUAUGAACAUUUUUGUCUUUUUUGUUUAUUUAUGCUAAUUGUGUCUGAGUGCUGAUCGUUCCUCUGGUCUGAGGAGAAUGGGCGAAAACUCUACAGCAUUUUUUUCCAUCACCAUGUCCCUUUGCAAGCCCAGAGCUUCAGCCAAGUCGAAGUUUCAGGUGCAGUAGUUCUUUUUCAAAAUGAAGACAUCUUGGCUUUCAGUGUGUAAACGCGCACACGUUACAUGCUUGUGUGCCUUGUCCUCGCUUCUGGACACGUCCUCUCUCCAGAGCACAGCUAACCUCAUUAAAAGAUGCAUAAACGCAUGCUGUUAUUCCUUUAGUCUUCUUAUAGAGCAUUUCUUGACAUACAUUCACGCUAGCAUACAUCUGGGCUCUAAAAUAGGGCAUGGAUCGUCUACCCACCAGCUCUCCUCGACCCAAACAUGAUUCAUAUCUUCUCCUGCGCCACCAUUUCAUUCUCUUGUUCUGUCUGUUCUACUUUGAGCUAAGCUGAGCACCGUGCCUUUGGGAUCAGGUUGGGAAAAGCUUUCACCUGAAAACCUUCUCCCCUCUUGAUUUUAAGAGCUACCUACCUGCAUUCACUGUCAUUUCGGCUGAAAGUCGCUCUAAACCUUCAAAAAUCCAGACAUGUGGCACAUGUAUACAUUGUCUAUAAAUGUCUUGACUGUUGUAUACCAGUUGAAUAUGAAAUGCACAGGGCUGUAGUCAGUGGCUUUAUUAUAUUUAAGCCUAUUCUGAGGGAUUAUUGGGCUGGCCUCUCAUAGGGAGAAUAUUGAGAUGCGCAAUUGGUCACCAAAGAAUUGUGUUCCAUUACUAAUCCUCUUGUUUUUGUCGGAGGUUUAUGUAUUCAGAAAAUAUGGAUUAUGGAAAAUAAAUUGGCUUAUGGUGUUCUUGUAUUACUCUUAACAGUAUCCAUUAAUCCUAGACAUUUCUCUUCUUGUUUUUGUGCCAGAGGAGGAUUGUAGACUGCUGAGGGAUAUUCAGGCACACCUACUCAAACAAUUUUUGAAAGACUACAUUAUGUCCGUUCUCGGUUCUCUCCAUUUUAAAUGUUCUGUGGCCAAAUUGCAUGAUGAGAUCAAUUCCAAAUUGGCUUGUUUUCUUCUUUUAUGCUCUUCUUGCCAACAUUCUCCACACUAAAUUAUUGGUCUUUUGUAGAUCCUUAUCGUCACACUGAGAGAGCCUUUUCAAGGACUUUGUAUCAUCUUUUGCUGAAUUGUUUGCAGCCUUCAGCUUUACAUCGUAUUGUACAAAGUACUGAGUGAGAAAAAUAUUCCUGUUAAGACUGAACUGCUGUUUGUUUUUCUUUGCUGCUUUUUCCACUGUGCCUAAAGGAUAGCUGUUGAUUGAAAGAUGCAAUUUAAUUUUGUUUUCUUGACCUUUUUGAAAGGCUUUAUGUGGAUUCCCCUAUUCCAUUUGAAGAAAUAAUAAAAUGGCAGCAAAAACACUGACAUGAAGUUAAAAAUGAGACUACAGUAUUUAGACUCCACUUUCAAAUUAAUGUUCAAUUCUGUUCUUCAUGAAGGAACCCUUCAGCACAGACUGUACAUAUCCUCACUGUGCCACUGUGUUUGCUCUCAUUAACUUCUCUUUGGUGUUGAUUUAUAGUGACUCUUGGUCAGUGCUCUUUCUUUCACAACCUCAGUCUGUGUGUAAUUAUGGACCGUUUUCAUGCUACAGUAUGAAAUAAACAUGUUUAAAAAUGA